UGUGAGCGGGCUGCAAACGCAUUUGCGGUUUUUAUUUUACAGCUUUAACUGGAGAACAUAAAGUAUGAAGAAGAACUGGCAGAAAAGGGUAAAGGACGUUGAAAUUUUAGCAAGCAGCUAUCAAAAACACCCUAUCAGCCCGACUUACAAACCUAAACUUUCGAAGCCAUGGCAACCGUCAUCAAUUUGGAAGUUGUUUCACCGUCAACAGCAAGCCUUUAAUUUUUCCAAGAGCUGUAAGGCGGACAUUCAUGUAUUUGCUUUGGAGAACGAAAAGGAGAAGAAGGACACUAUGCAUGGACAGCGAAUUUACCUUGUCACAACGUAUACUGAGCUAUGGUUUUACUAUCGAAAAUACCAAAAAUCAUUAAUGCAUUGCUAUGAAGUAAUUCCAGAAGGAUCUGUCUGCCAUUUGUAUUUUGACUUGGAAUUCCUUAAACAAGCAAAUCCAGAAUGUGAUGGAAAACAGAUGGUGGUGAAGUUAAUUCAGUAUGUUUGUCAAAAAUUGGAAGAAAUGUACAACAUAAAUUGUUCAGUGAAAGAUAUUUUGAACUUGGACUCCAGUAACCAUCAAAAAUUUAGCCGCCAUCUUGUAUUUCAUCUUCCCAAUGCAGCCUUUAAGAAUAAUGUGCAUGUUGGAAAUUUUAUAAGAACAAUUUUGCAGCCUGUGAUGAAAGCAUUGGAGAAAAGAUGUGGGAGAACUGACCAAGACGCUGGUGGCAGUGCUUUGCUGUCAGCCAGUACAUUUAUUCCAGUCACUGCAGACUCUAGGAAACAUUUUAAUGUAGAUGGUUCUGAGAAUCCCCCCUCAAAAAGGAUUAAAUGUGCAGCGUGGGAAAAAUUGGAGAAAAACAAUUUGGAUCCAGAUUUAUCAUUUCUAAUUGUUAAAGAUAAACAUGGAAAUGACCAACUCUUUGUGGACUUAGGCGUUUAUACAAAGAACAGAAACUUCCGACUCUAUAAGUCAUCCAAACUGGGAAACAGCACUUCUUUUGAAAUUGCUGAAGAUAAUCAGUUUGUUCCCAAGCCUGAAAAGAAUGUUUCUAGAGAGGAGCUAUUUUUUCUGAGCUCUCUGGUCAGCAACGUUAGAUUUUCCGAUGGCUUGACAGUUCUGACUUGUGAUAGCUCAGAUACAAAGAAAUUCAAAGGACGCCACGAGCAAGAUAAAAUUUAUCUCCCUGCUUCAGAUACAAUGGUCGGCCACCAUUGUUCACCAUACCCAGAGAUUGAUAGUUUUAUCAUUAGUCAAGUAAACAAGGGAGGAAUACAGGGUGUCUUGCGCCGAUGGAAUUAUUUCUCCUCUGAAGAAUUGAUUGUAUAUGACGUUGGCAAAAACCAUUGGUGCGAGAACAUUGGUAGAGCUCAUAAAAGCAACAAUAUUAUGGUUGUUGUUGACUUGAAGAAAGAAAUCUGGUACCAGAAAUGUUAUGAUCCUGUGUGCCGAGCUCAGAAGUUCAGGUCUGAAAGUCACCCAUUACCCCGCGAAUGCUGUUUGGAUUUCCUCAUUGAUAUGGAUGAGCUUGUUUUUACCAUGGAUGAAGAUGGGAACAUUGCACCAAGUCAAAAUAAUGUAUGUCCAACAUGGACCAACUUGCAGCUUGGUGACAUUUGGCUGCAGCCUGGAACACAAAAUUCUGCCCUUACAGGAAAUCUGGAUACAGCAUUUAUUGACAACAUUGAUGAUGCAAUGUUAUUAGAAGCUGUUGAAGACACUGAAUUUAAUAUUGCUCCUGAUAUACAGUCAGAAUUGAGCAUGAACAGUGAGGAGGCUGACAUUCUGUCCGACAAUGACUUACUGGCAGCUGUGAAGGAACUGGAGGCUUCUCUAAGCAAGGGUACAAAAUAGAUGCUACUGAAAAUAUAUUGGAGGCUACAUAAGAGAGUGUUUUUGAUAAGACCUUUGAAUCAAAUUGGUGUCAGCUGAAACAUUACUGUCGUUGUAUUUAAUACAGAAGAUUAGUCAGUAUCUCCUUUCAAGAUUUCCUGUGUUUAGUUCUCAUGGACUGUAGAAGCUUCUUUGUUCCUCUAUUUACAACAUUCAGGAUUUUUCUUUCUCUCCAUUAUGCUCUAUAUGAUAAAUGAAUGCUUGACAUUUUAUGAACUGUACAUAGGUGAUUUUUUUCAUUUAAGAUAUAUGUUAAAUACUAUUCUUCUAAAAACUGAAUACAUUUGAGUUUACAGAAUCUUUAUUUUGUUACAUUAUUUAUGUACAUAAAGCAUAAAUUUAAAUUUAAGUGGAGACCGAAGUAACUUUUUGCAGUACACAAUAUGAAAGUUUUCACAUAUACAUAUUCAUCCAUUACUAUUUGUAUUAAAAAUGCAAUAAAGAAACUA